ACAGAAUUUCUAGAAUUAUGAAGAAAUUACAAGCUACAACGAAGACAUUUAUAUGACAUGAUCUGGUGUUAGUAAAUUACAAGCCUGUAUGCAGAUUGAUAUGUAAAAGCUAUAAUGGAGACAUUUAUGUGACAAACAUGUUCUUCUGAAUCAUGGAGGCCGACACCCUCGUGGCUCUGAGGUCCCGCCUGGUGUGCUUGCCGGGCGGCCGCACCAGGCAGCACCUUCCCAUUCUCCUGGUGACGGUGCCGACUCAGCUGCAGCCGUGGACGAAGAAACACCUCGAGAUAGCCAUCGAGUACAUUCUAGGAAUUCUUGAUGAAGAAAGUAAAUCAGAAGGUUUGGCUGUAUUAGUGGAUGGUCAACGAGGAUCUUGGCGUUUAGCCAGAGCCCUUAUUAGACAAAUUAAACAAUUACUGGACCAAAAAAUGUCCAACAUGAUAGUUUUAAGAUCGGACGCUUUUUGGGCAAAACAACGAAUAGAUCAUUGCACUAAACAGGAAAAAGACAAAGAGCCAAUUUAUAUUUCGAAAUCCAGGCUGUCGAAAUAUAUAGAUGACAAUAAUUUACCAGUUGACCUUGGGGGGCAAUAUGAGUACAACCAUACGCAGUGGAUACAAAAUAGAUUGUUAGUAGAUGAAUUUAGUCGCCGUUCUAAAGAAGCAUUGUCACAAUUGCAAGAGGUUAGAUUGCAUUUACUGGAAUGUCGGCAUUCAAGACUUUGUCAAAUGUCAGCGGCCUUGGCCGAAAAUGCAGCCAAAUCGGAAAAGGCGGAGCAAAUGGCGCAAGAUAUACAACGAGCUGGUGAAUCGUUACUCCAGCAAUACCAAUCUCCCAUAGUCAUCCAGCCAAUAUCAUAUUCAUCACACUCCGUAGCAACCGACUGCCAACAAGUCCGAAUACGGUCACCUCAAGAUUUUCUUGAUACUCAAUCAAGAAUUCAAAGAUCCUUGGAAGCGAUUAGCACGGCCAGGUUACAAUCUGAAGAAGCAUGGCUGGAAGCCGAAAAAGCAUACAAUGAAGCACAGGACGCAGAAAAAUUAGGCACUGCUUUGGAUCAAGUCACUGCGUGGAUUUUAGGUCCUGGUGAAAUGCUUCUGAAUGUCAGUCAACGAGUUGGCGGAGAUGCUUCUUCGGCCGAAGCUUUGCUUCGGAAGCACGAAGCCUUAGAAUUACGAUGCAGACUUGCAUAUGCACGUUAUGCGGAACUCAUGAGAAAAGUAGACGUGUUACCGGUUGCAGCAAAAUCCAGAGAAGAUCUAUUAACUCGAAGAGAUUUAAUGGAUUCUGCAUGCAGACAUUUUGCGAUACGAUUAGAACACAGACGAAAUGCUUUAGUAACUUCAGUAAGAUUUCAUCGGUUAGUUGGAGAAUACUUUUCUCGUACUGGUGAAGUUUAUGAAAGGCUGUUGAUGGGUGUAAACGGUGCAACACUUGAACGAGAUGUUAGGGAUGCUGCUGAACAAUUGCGGAUUUUACGCAAACAUCAAAUAGAACUAGAAUCCCUCCAAUGUGCACUUCGCCGUGCGGGUGAGCGUCUUUGCUGUCCAAACACCACAAAUAUUAAUUCCCAGAAAGUACCUAACGUGUUUGCAACCAAGCCAACAUCUCCAACGCAACAAUAUUUCUCAUCGACACCUAUGUCCCAGCAAUCUAAUCAACCGUUCAGCGCCAAUACACUUUUCUCGUCAGACGCGUCUCCCUCCUUUCUCGACCUGGUCAAAGUCAAAGGAGCCUUGGACGCGGCGGCCGCUCGCGGUUCUCUGUUUACCGACGGGCUCGAGCUGCGCCUUCUUACUCUGCAACAACUGCAGCAUGUGGGAUCAUACGAGACUGAAGCUGCACGUGCUAAAGAAUGGCUCGAUGAUUUGGUUUUAGCAGUACGUAAAGAAUAUAUAACUGUCGGGUGUAAUGAGGAAGAGAUAAGGAUACAGAGGGAUCGACAAGCCGCUUUGCAGAAAACAGCAGAGAGUACCUACAAAUACGGCAAACAGCUCCUGGAAGCUGCGGCAUGUUUACGGAGCGCGUGCAGACUUUCAUCCGCCGACAACUGCCGUCAAUGUGGGGAACUCGAGAAGGCCUGGAACGCGCUUCGAACCGCCAGCGACGAACAGAUGACCCGACUCAGAGUGUGCGCUGUAUUCCAUCGAAGCACGGCCCAUCAGUGUCAUCGGUUACGCGAGUUAAUUGAAAUGGCAACAUGUGGCGCAGCUAUGGACACCGAACAAAGGGAAAAAGAAAAGGAUCAGGUUUUACAAGAGGUUGGACGUAUGGUACGAUUAGGUAGACUUUUGCGAACACGCUUGAAAGAAGCCAUUCUUGUCGGCGAUAAGAUGUCAUUUUCGAACGAGCAGCCAAAUGCUUCCGCCAUCGAGGCGAUAAGUAAAAAAUUGACAGAAGUAACCAGCUUGGCUGAACAGUUGGAUGCUGCAUUAAGAUCUGCUCAAGAUACACAAAAUGAAAAUGCAUCCCGCUCUCUGUCUUCUGAAGAAGCCUGCACUGAAGAUGCGCGAUCAGAGUCCGAAGACUUCAUAACCGCCUCCGAAUGCACCUGCACUCCACAAUCACGUUCGUCAUCUUACCAUACCGCCUCAGAGUGCGGAACAUCACCUUGGCUUGACCAAGAACUUGAUUCAACGCAACCGCAGGGGAUAACUAGCAUUCCCAUCGCCAGCACCCCUUUGUCGAGCCCCAGUCAAGUCACAAGUAAAUUGAUGAGAGAAAUAGCUGAAUCGCGAUCUUUUAAGGCCAGACAAUCCCAAAUGAGGAUGGAAGAUGAACUGAGAAAUAAAGACAAAGAUUCGGGAGACUCGUACGACAUUAGAGACCAGGUAAAUGGAGAAGCACCUGAUUAUGCCUGGGGGAAAUACUAUCAUUCUUACAUGAGCAAACAAGCCAUAAAAGGUUGUUUGUAAGUUCAGAAUUUAGAUUUGAUAUGUGUAUUAAUUCUUCAUGUACUCUAUACCCCUGCCUAAUACGCCUGUUCUAGCACGUUGUUAUAUGUCUAUCUUAUUGAAAUUGUAGGGU